CGUAGGGUUGUUGUGGUGUGACGUCAUCAACAGGCGACGCUCGGAAUGCCGUUGUUCAGUUCCUAAUGUCUAUUUGGGCAUGGACUUCACUGAGUGCUACCGAGACACGGUGUCCAGUGUGGCCACUGCUGCUCGCUCAGGGUGCAGGAGGCGGCUGAGGACGCUAAUUCAGAGAGGCUGCAGUGUGGACUGUCGGGACAACCGAGGCUGGACCCCCCUGCACGAGGCGGCGGCAGCUGGCAGCAAAGCGUGCGUCCAGGAAAUCCUGUCAGCUGUCAGAGCAAGGUCCUCCAGCUGUAGUCGUGUUUAUGUGAACCAUCUGACGCAUGAGGGGGAGUCUGCCUGUUACCUGGCAGCGCAGCGUGGACACCUGUCAGUGGUCCGACUGCUCCUCAAAGCACACGCUGAUAUCAACCAGCUCACUAACGACUUGUCCUGUCCUCUUUAUGAAGCUGUUAGCCACGGGCACACAGAUGUUGUAGAACUGCUGGUAAGCAAAGGUGCUGAGGUCAACAGAAUACACACAGAGUCCAGCUGGACCUGCCUGCACCAAGCUGCAUAUAAGGGCCACACUGAGAUCGUGCGCAUUCUUGUUAACAAAUGCAACCUGGAGGCAGUAGAUGAUUACAGGAUUUCCCCGUUAUUUGUGGCUGCACAGUACGGACAGAGGGGGUGCCUGGAAAUACUCGUUAACGCCGGUGCCAACGUGAACACGCAGGCAGUUGAUCUGAGUACACCUCUGUUCAUCGCCUCUCAGGAGGGACACCAGGCCUGCGUGGACUUCCUGUUGGACCACGGGGCUGACCCUAACAUGGUCUGCAGCCACGAUUGGCCCCAGUUUGCCAUUCACGCUGCAGCCCAGUUUGGUCACAUCGGCAUCCUCAGAAGCCUCAUAGCUGUUACGGAUCGUGCGUGUGACCGCGGCGAGAGCAUGGUGAGUCCGGUGUAUGUAGCUGUCAACAGCGAUCAGCCCAAGAGUGUGGAAUUGCUGUUGAGGGAAGGUUACAGCCCAGACGCCCAGGACUGCUCGCACACCCAUGGCCUCCUCUCACCGCUCUCCCUGGCCUUGUAUCGCACACCCCAGAAACCUUACAGUGAGUUGGUGAAACUGCUGAUAGCUGCAGGAGCAAGGUUGAAUGAGGAAGACUGGAUUUAUGCUUUGGCCACUGACGAAGCAGACCUGCUGCAGCUGAUAUUUGAGCACCGGUGGAUACCUCGCCCAGAGGCUGUGACCAGCGACGAAUGUGUACUGCAGCAUGAUGGGAAAACUGAGCUGAAGCUGAGAGAACUGAACGAGAUGCUCUGUGUGGCUCUAAGCCAAGUACAUUUUGCUGGCUGCUGGCUUCCUCUUCUCCUGAAGGCAGGACUGGAACCAUCUUUACUGCUUCAGCCCCACAUGUUGGAACAGGCAGACAGCCAGGUGUUAAAUUACCUCCUUGAGUUUGUAAACUGGUCGACUUUAUCUCCCCAUUUGAAACAUAUUCUGGAUCGAAAGGUGGCAGAAAAGUCCUGGGAUCCACAUCCAUGUUUCGACUCCGUCCCCUGUCUUUCCCACAUCUGCCGGCUGCAGGUCAGAGCCCUGCUGGGACCAGAUAUCCUGAUGAGGACCAAUGUCGUCCAACAGCUCCCUGUCCCCAACCGGCUUCAUGAUUUCCUUAAAUUCAGGGACAUCCCAGAAGCUUCGUACACACACGCGCCACCAUUGCCAAUUUUACAGCGCAUCGAGGAACAUCGCAGUACACACCAGCACAGACAUGUUCUAUGACCACAUCGGUGUCUUAUGUUCAAACCCAAGAAUCCAUAUUAUUCCAUUAAAUGCAAAUAUUUGAGUCUGGUUCAUCAUUUUAUGCACAUUCCUAUUUGGAGUAUGGAUGGAUUGGAGGUUUAAACAGAAGAAUGUCAGGUACAGAAGAGGGACAAAUUAAUAGAAAAACCAAAAAGCCUCAUACUAAGGUGUUGGACUACCAGAACAGCACUACUGCUCCUUUAUGUUUGUUCUUGAAAUGUCUGGAAAGUCACUGGAGCGCUGGACACAAUUCUUCCAAAAGAUAUUCCCUCAUAUGUUUUGAUGAUGUUGGAGAGGACUGUCUAAUGUUCAAACAUCUCCCACAGGCGUUCAUUUGGAUUGAAAUGUGACUGCACACAUGUGAUUCACACCAUUUUCAUAUUCUUCAGUGACCCUUGUGCCCUAUGGAUGAGGGGAAAUCUCACUCUGGAAGAGAGCAUGCAUAAGGAUAAAAGCCAAUCACAUAGACAAACUUUGUAUUGAUUUGCAGUGAUCCCUCCCCUUUUUGUGCAUUAAGUACAGCUAGUGUAAUUAAACCGCUCACUAGUGGUUAAAAUAACAGCAAAGCAGCCAAGAAAUAUAUAACAUACAAAUAGAUGCAAUUAUCCAAACUCAUUCAUAUUCUUCCUCCGUUUUAUUGGCACCAGAUCAUCAAAAGCUGUACCAGGACGAUUAGAUGGCUCGUACGAGUCUACGCGCUGCAGGAUUUCGGGGUUUUUUUCCUUUAAUUUGUCAUCUAUCCGUAGCUUACUUCACCUGUUACUUUCUAGAAAUUGUAUUGUACUUAAGUGAUUUGUAAUAAAUUUUAUGGCUGAGCCUUUGGCAU